ACAAAACAGACCAAUUCUUAUACAAUAAUUACUUUUAAUUAAUAGCUAUGGAGGAGCUGUUCGUAACAGUCUAUACUCAGAUUUCUACCCGUAUUUCAGUAGUUAUAAUUUCCUCUCUCAAUGCUUCCUUCUUCUCCAUGUAGUUUCACUUCACAUUGUUUGAAUUGGGGGAAAGCCCCAAUUUCAUCAUCUCAAAAAUUGAGACAAAGAAAGCUAAACAUUUUUUUUCUUCUUCCUAAGUGUAAGUUGGUGGAGUUACUUCAUGCAGAGCAAUACUACUACUGCAGUUCACCCCGCCGGUUUCAUCCUCCUGACCCGGGACAAAAUGCCGGGUCCACGCCCAGCCGACGACAGCCAGCCCCGCCGCCAGGCCCACAUCAACAACAACCACCACCGCAGCAGCAGCAGCAUCGAGGAGCAGAUAUUCGGGUCGGACGAGUUCCGGAUGUACGGGUUCAAGAUCAAGCGGUGCAACCGGACCCGGAGCCACGACUGGACGGACUGCCCCUACGCCCACAAGGGCGAGAAGGCCACGCGCCGGGACCCGCGCAAGGUCCCCUACUCCGCCGUCGCCUGCCCCUGGUUCCGCAACGGCGCCUGCCCCAACGGCGACCUCUGCGACUUCGCCCACGGCGUCUUCGAGUACUGGCUCCACCCGGCCCGCUACCGCACCCGACCCUGCAACUCCGGGCCCUUCUGCCAGCGCAAGGUCUGCUUCUUCGCCCAUUCCCCGGACCAGGUCCGACCCGACAACCACAACCACCACAACAAGUACUCCUCCUCCUCCGCCGCGGCUUUCCACCACCGUCGCAAGCUCGGCCGCCCGGGGGAUCCCGCCGCCGCCGCGCCCUUGCUGCUGCUGCUCGAUAAUUCUACUACAGCUGCUGCCAACAAUAACGGUGUCGUCACUCGGCAGGGUUCUGGAUCGGCGGCUGAGCUGGAGAACGGCGGGUGUUGUUACUUCCGCACGGCGGCGGUGGCGUCCCCGACGGGAUCGGAGGAGCUCUUCUGGACGCCGAUGAGGCUGGACGGUGGGAGUUACUUCGAUGGUGUCUCCGAGUUUCUGAACAGCUUGCGGAAAUUGAGCAUUAGUGGUGAGGAAGAAGAGGAGCAGGAUACUGAUGAUGAUAGUGAUCGGGUUUUUUCGGCGCACCGCCGGCAAACUGAGCCGCCGACGGAUGAAUUGCCGCAGAUUGACUGGGUUUCCGACUUGGUCAAUUGACCCGUCUGCCUGCAUGGUCUUUGGCUUGAUUAAUGUAAUGUGUAUUUUUAUGUUUUUGCCCCCCACCUGCCGCGGCGAAGGCUGCCAAAUUGUAUCUAAGUUUCAUAAUGUUUGUGGGAGGUUUUGUCUUUGUUUUAAUAUUCAAUAAAGAAACAAACCGUGCGCUACUCGUACGGUAAUAAGUCAAUUAAUGUAUCGACUUAUCAUUGUCGGUUUCAAUUAUCCCUCUUGUUUGAUCUAUUUAGGGCCGGAGCGGGUGUUCAAUUCAUCGUGACCUGUCUCAUUCUCAAUUCGUUUGGUCUAAAGUAUACAAAAUUAUAUAUAAUUUUAUUCAUAUUAUUUUGGAAUUUAAUUAUAUUAUAUUUUAAUUGUUAUGCAGUUGUACUAAUAAGGUGAUAUGUAUUAU